AUGGCCCUCUGUAACUGCUGCCUACCCCUGCUCUUCUUGUGCAAAGUGGAAAGUUCAGAGGUUAUAAUUGUGUUGUCUUUGUGUAAAGGAGUGGAGCUCGAUCUCACAUCACUCUUCCCUCUUCCCCGAAUCCUUUCUAAACUCUCCCCCGGGUUCCUUCCCUCCCGAACCUCUCCCCUUCUACCCUUACAACCCCACCCUCCCCCCGAUCACGUCGAAACGCAGGCAUCAGAUCCAUCUCCGUGUCCAAAGAACCCCGAUUCUAUUAUAAAAGGAGCAACAACGACCGGCAAGCUGGCUGACUUGGACUCCGGUGUGAUUGAAGGAGGACUUAAUGUCACUCUUACAAUCCGGCUGCUCAUGCAUGGCAAGGAAGUUGGAAGCAUCAUCGGCAAGAAAGGUGAAUCUGUGAAGAAGAUGAGAGAAGAGAGUGGGGCUCGCAUCAACAUCUCUGAGGGCAACUGUCCGGAGAGGAUCAUCACUUUGGCCGGUCCAACCACCGCCAUCUUCAAAGCAUUCUCCAUGAUCAUCGAAAAGCUGGAAGAGGAUAUAAGCAGUUCCAUGACCAACAGCACAGCAACCAGUAAGCCACCAGUGACUCUGCGUAUUGUGGUGCCUGCUAGUCAGUGCGGCUCCCUCAUUGGAAAAGGUGGCUGCAAGAUCAAGGAAAUUCGAGAGUCAACAGGAGCUCAGGUACAAGUGGCAGGAGACAUGCUUCCUAACUCUACGGAGCGGGCCAUCACUAUCGCCGGCACCACCCAGUCCAUUAUAGAGUGUGUCAAGCAGAUCUGUGUCAUUAUGCUUGAGUCUCCCCCUAAGGGAGUCACCAUCCCGUACAGACCCAAGCCUUCAGGAUCCCCUGUCAUCUUCUCCGGUGGACAGGCGUAUGCUGUACAAGGACAGCAUGCGAUUCCACAGCCAGAUUCUUCCUCUGCUGCUAUAUCCCCACAGCUCACCAAGUUACACCAGCUGGCCAUGCAGCAGAGCCCCUUCCCCAUCGCCCCCAGCAACCAGGGAUUCACCGGCAUGGAUGCUUCUGCCCAAACAAGUUCCCACGAGAUGACCAUUCCAAAUGAUCUGAUCGGAUGCAUCAUUGGCCGCCAGGGCUCCAAGAUCAAUGAGAUCCGGCAGAUGUCGGGCGCUCAGAUCAAGAUUGCCAAUCCGGUUGACGGCUCGUCCGACCGCCAGGUGACCAUCACGGGCUCUCCCGCCAGCAUCAGCCUGGCCGAGUACCUCAUCAACGCCAGUGUAGAGUCCUCUAAACCUCCUCCCUCCUCCUCCUCCUCUUCCUCCUCCUCCUCCCUGAACCCCGAACCGACCAGCCUGUGUCCUUCCUCCUCCUCCACCACCAAUACCACCACCUCCUCCUCCUCCUCCUCUGCUGCUUCCUCCUCUUCCUCCUCUUCCUGUGUGGUGCCCCCCUCAGCCUCCAUUCCUCCGUCCUCGUCGGCCCACGGGCCGCCGUCCCUCCCUCUUCCCACCUCCUCCUCUUCCUCCUCCUCUUCCACCGACUCCCUGCCCCCUAGCUCUCCUGCGCGUGUGUCCAGCUUGCUCAGUCUCAAGCCCCUCCCCCUCCUGGCCCUCCACGUGGGGGGCGGGGUCACGAGUGGCGCCCCGCCCGAGCCUAAAAUUGCCCCCGAGCUGGGCUCCAAGUCCAAGAGGCGAAGGCUGUCCCCGUACUAACGGUGGAAACUACAUGCGUGCACUACGGCGGCUACUACUACUACUAAUGCUACUUCUACUACUAAAAGUUACCUGCAAAGCUUUGAUCGCUUUUGAAUCCGACUGCCUUGUCGCACUCACAUGAAAGCAUCACGUGCACGCGCACACAAUACAUAUACUAAAGCCACCAAAAUAUGGCAACAGCCAUGUUCCUAGUUGUAAAUAGUCUGCUGUGUCUUUGUGCCCUCUUAAUUUUAUUAAGAUUGCUCAGUAAGGUCUUGAAGGGAGUUUGAACAUCAGCAUGAACGAUGGGUUCCCCUAAAUGUAUGUUUCCACGGACCUUAUUUGUUGUACGCUUUGCUCAGGAAGAACCGCCCUUAAGAUGUCCCCUCCCUUUUGGUUUCUGACUGAUUUAACAGCCGGUAGGAUUUGGAUGUCAUGUUCCCCAGCACCUGUGUACAACCACUAUUCAAAUACAGGUUGUUAUUACCAAAAUAAUCCACCCUCAGGAAUCGAUUUUCAUGUCCCCCUUUCGAAUAGUUUAUAGGCAAAAUCUCCAGAGGGUUUUACAAAGGAGUUUUGCAGCCCUUCUAGGAACCAUUGUUUUGGUGAAUUGGUUAUAAUGGUGAAUAUGCACACUUUAGUGCAACGUGAUUUAUGUAGUGUCCCACUCUAAAUUUAGUUGAAUCAAAAUGAUGUUUCUGGAGUGUAAGACAUGAUGAUAAUGUAAAUAGUACCUAGAGUUGUUUUGCAUGCCUAAUUCUCACCCCCACUCCUGCUUUCUUGCUAUGUGUUUGUUGUGUCCUUCUGUUCACUCUCUCUCUCUCUCUCUCUCGUUCUCUUUCUCUCUCUCUGGUGCUGUUUCUCGCUCCUUCCCUAGGCUCUCCUCCGAGGCCACAGGACUGGCAGCCAAUUGAAGACACUGCAUCUGCACUAGCUCCACGUGUAUAGAAACGUAUACA